AUGUCUUCUAUGAAAGGACUAAACCAAUUCAUUGUGGAUCUCCGACAAGCCAAGGACUCGGAUGAGGAAGCCCGCAGAAUCAACUUGGAGUUGAACAACAUCAGAACAAAAUUUAACAGCUCCUCAAACUUGAAUGGGUAUCAAAAAAAGAAAUAUGUCUGUAAGUUGAUGUACUUAUACCUUAUGGGCUAUUCCCUGUUGAUUAACUUUGGGUACAAGGAAACCGUUGAGUUGAUUCAUUCAAGUACAUUUUCAGAGAAGCAAUUGGGAUACUAUGCUGUGGGAUUGACGAAUGACGUUAAUCCAGGAUUGAUGAUGGCCCUACAAGGUAAUCAUAAUACAAAAAUACCUUUCAAAUAUAAGUCAGCUACUGAUAGACUUAAUAACUUGUUUCAAGUCAUGUAUCCAGUUUUACUUGCAGAUCUACGAAGUACAAAUGAAGAUGUGAAUAUUCUUGCCUUCCAAUUUAUUGCGUCCCUGUUCAAUUACGAUAUCACUGCUAUUAAGAGUGAUGGAUUGGAAUUAUCGGAUUCAGUUUCAACUUCAAAUAAGUGGGAAGAAAUUGUCGAUACUAUUUACUCAUUUUGUACAUCUCCCGUACAACCAGCAAAAAUCAAACAAAAGGCAGUGGCUGCUCUCUAUACGUUAGCAAAACUUCAUUCAAAUAUCUUCGUCAUCAAUACCACUUGGAUUCCACGGUUGAUUUCUCUAAUUGACCACGAGGAUUUUAGUGUUGUGUUAGCAUCAAUCCCAUUGAUUAGGUUCCUUAUGGAGUUGAAGCCGGAAUACAUCAAAUCAAUACUUCCAUCAGUUGCUGCAAAGUUGAACUCUAUUUUGGUAGACAGGAAAUGUCUCCCAGAAUAUUUUUAUUAUGAUACUCCUGCUCCUUGGUUUGUGGUGGGGUUGCAACUGUUGGUAGAGAGCUUUUUCCUUUAUCUGGAAAGAGAAGCCCCAGCUUUACUUACUUCAAAUAUAGAUGCCACGACAUUGUCAAACCUUCGCCUGGUGGUGGUUCAUUCAAUUCAAAACUCAUCAAAGCCCAUCAAAGGGCUACCUAAUAGAAAUUCACAAAGUGCAAUUCUCUUUCAAGCCGUAUCUCUAGCUGUAUUUUUGGAUGCGUCUCCUGAAGCUAUUAGUGGCGCAAUAGAUGCACUUCUACUUUUGCUCCAAUCAAAUGAAACUAAUACCAGGUAUUUGUCUCUUGAUGCUUUGAUCAAAUUGACUGCCAGAUCUGCAUCGUCAAAGUACCAAACGAUUGAUGUGGACCAAUUGCCACUGAUUUUUGCGUUAUUAACUGAUAGAGAUAUUUCAAUCAAAAGGAAAGCUCUUGAUCUUCUAUACACUGUCAGUAAUAACCGGAAUUACUACACUAUUGUUAAUAAAUUACUUGAGAUUUUUCCAAACAUAGAUUUCCAUUUAAGAGCUGACGUUGCCAUCAAAGUAGCUAUCCUUUCGGAGAAAUUUGCAUCUGAUUCUCAUUGGUAUGUGACUACAAUGUUGAAAUUGUUGUCCAUUGGUAGUAAUUCAUCUAGUAAUGGUGCAACAAUUAUUAGUAAUGAAGUGUGGGAAAGAAUUAUUCAAAUCAUUGUAAAUAAUGAAAAUUUGCAUGCAAUGAGUGCCAAAUUGAUAGUUCAACUUAUAGUGAAUCCAAAUAUUGUCUAUAACAAAGGUGAAAUAUUGGAUUCCAAAAAUGAAUCCUCACAGCCAAUUAGGAAUCCAGGGAUUAUAUCAGAAAACUUGAUCCGUGUUGCAGCCUUUGUUUUAGGUGAAUACGGACAUUUGAUUGCUGAUGAUCAAGAAACACCAAUCGCACUCCAAUUCCAAAUACUUUAUAACAACUAUCUUAAUGCCCCCUUAUCAACUAGGGCUAUGAUACUCACCUCAAUAAUGAAGAUUCUUCUCAAAUUUCCAGACGAAGAUUUUGUCCCAGACAUUGUUGAUUUAUUUGAGAUUGAACAAUCUUCUGUUGACUUGGAGAUUCAAACCAGGGCGCAUGAAUACUUGAAGUUGGCUACAUAUAUGGCGGACUACAUUUUUGCAAACGAAGUUAUUAGGCCACUUCCCCCGUUCGAAUCAUUAGACAAUGCACUUAUGGAUCGAUUGGGGAGUGUUCGCGGUAUAUUGGGCAAGCAAAAUAAGGUACUUGACCUGUUGAACAAUAAGAUUUCCAACCAUUCUACAGGUUCUCUCGUUGACAUUGGUAAUCCAAUUAAAGGAAAGAAGUCGUCCCCCCCACCUCCUCCUCCGCCACCUCCGCACACAAUACUAUCGCCUAAUUGGUUGGCUGGAUAUAGUAGAAUGCGUAAGUACGAUGCGGGAAUAUUUUACGAAAGUCAAUUGAUUAAAAUCACUUACAGGAUACAAGCCGAAGAAUCUGUUUUGCGGAUCAAGUUUAUCAUCUUCAAUAAUUCCAAGAAAACAGCUAAUACGGAUAUUACUGGUUUAACCAUACUUCAAUUAGAAAGUAAAACCGGAACGGAAGAUCCUAGUUAUGUUUUAAGCAUUGAUAAGCCGCCAGAAUCAAUUGUUCCAGAAAAGACAACCAUGGAGCUCUCGAUUAAAGUUCGUCGUGCAAUUGAAAGCAAAGAGGAUCCAAUAAUCCAUCUCACAUUUACUUGUGGUGGAUCUUUUAACCAGUUAAACCUUAAAUUUCCCAUAGUAUUUUUAAAGACAUUGUCACCUACUGCGAUGGGAAAUGUUGAGGAUUUUCGUAGAAGGUGGAAUCAAAUUGGAGAGUUACUUGGAGACAAUGGAGGUGCAGUUAAAACUGUAUCAACUGGUGCGGUAAAUACUUCUUCAGGACUAGUUCGACUUUUAACUAGGCUUCGGUUUUCUGUGGUACACGCUACUCCUGAGACCACGAUUCCAAUCUUGGUAAUGGGUGCAGGUAUACUUCAUUCAAGUGAAAAUAACUGUGGACUUCUUGUGACAUUGAGAAGUAUUGAUAGCGGUGCCCAAAACCUUGAAAUUCAUUGUCGAAGCACAGGUGAAGGAGUUGCACCUCUAAUUGCAGAGACUUUGGUUGACAUACUAAAAGACUAG